CGAGACUAACGGCCCCAGACUCAGACGCGCGCGCGCGCGCCUGGUUGGCGGGGGGAGAACCUAUAAGACGCGACUCGGGUCAGGCAUGACCUUUCACCCGACGUUGCUUGACUGCGCGACACGGAAGUGCAAUGGCGGCGGCGGGGCCGGGCGGUAGUGGAAGCGGCGUUGCCUCAUCCUCCGAGUCCGUGGCGCGCCGGAGGCUGCUUGUCCUCUCGGGCCACCUGCGCGGCGCUCCGGAGACGUCCCUGUCAGCCAGUCAGUGCCGAGGGCGAGCGGUGCCGUCGGCGGAGUCUCCCCCGAGCACCUUCCCCAAGAGGCGGCAAGAAAUUUUGAAGUGGAAUGGCUGGGGGUACAGUGAUUCAAAAUUCCUCUUCAAUAAGAAGGGGCAAGCAGAAUUCACAGGAAAAAGGUAUCGGUUAGGUGGUACAGCGUUGCCUCUUCUGAAAGAAUGGAUAGAGAAAAAUCUUGGAGGAAGUCUAGAACAUAAAAGUAUUCCUAAGGCAUCCUUAAAUAUUAGCGAUGUGCCUCCUGCUGUUACAAAUGAAGAAUUCCUUCAGGACCUCAAAGUUACCAAUAUCCCAUAUUCCCAAGAUGCAGAAGACAGGAUAUUCAGAGCUCACGGUCAUUGCCUACAUGAGCUGUUUUUACUCAGGGAAGGGAUGUUUAAACGAGUUCCCGAUAUAGUUGUGUGGCCAGAGUGCCAUGACGACGUAGUUAAAAUCGUUGAAUUAGCCUGCAAGCAUAAUGUUUGUAUUAUACCUUUUGGUGGCGGAACAAGUGUUUCUAGUGCGCUCGAGUGUCCUGCAGAUGAGAAACGAACCAUUGUGUCGCUGGACACCUCACAAAUGAAUCGGAUUCAUUGGAUAGAUGAGAAAAAUUUAACGGCUCGUGUCGAAGCCGGCAUUGUUGGACAAGACUUGGAAAAACGGCUGGCUGAAAGUGGUUACUGCACAGGCCACGAACCAGAUUCCAUGGAAUUUAGUACUCUUGGAGGAUGGGUGGCAACCCGGGCAUCCGGCAUGAAGAAAAACGUUUAUGGAAACAUUGAAGACCUGGUCGUUCAUAUAAAAAUGGUCACCCCAAGAGGCGUAAUAGAAAAAAGCUGUCAAGGGCCGCGAAUGUCAACUGGACCCGACAUCCACCAUUUCAUGUUGGGAUCUGAAGGAACCCUUGGAGUGGUAACAGAAGUCACAAUAAAAAUCCGACCAGUCCCUGAAUACCAAAAGUAUGGAUCUGUCGUAUUUCCAAACUUCGAAAGAGGGGUGGCCUGUUUAAGAGAAGUCGCAAAGCAGAGAUGUGCUCCUGCAUCCAUUCGCCUCAUGGACAACGAACAGUUUCAAUUCGGACAUGCUCUUAAACCACAGGUUGCUUCUAUUUUUACAUCGCUUUUGGAUGGGUUGAAAAAAUUCUACAUCACAAAGUUUAAAGGCUUUGAUCCCAACAUAUUAUGUGUUGCUACCUUGCUUUUUGAGGGCAGCAGAGAGAAGGUCCUUCAGCACGAAAAGCAAGUUUAUGAUAUCGCUGCAAAAUUUGGAGGUUUGGCCGCUGGAGAGGACAACGGACAGAGAGGCUACAUGUUAACAUUUGUCAUCGCUUACCUUCGGGACUUUGGUAUGGAUUAUUAUUUAAUAGGAGAAUCGUUUGAGACCUCCGUUCCUUGGGACAGGGUUCUAGACCUCUGCAGAAAUGUCAAGGAAAGAAUAGUAAAAGAAUGCAAAGAGAGAGGUGUUCAGUUCCCCCCUUUCGCUACCUGUCGGGUGACGCAGACCUACGACGCUGGUGCCUGCGUGUAUUUCUAUUUGGGCUUUAACUACAGAGGAAUAAGUGACCCUAUUCACGUUUAUGAAGAAAUUGAGAGCACAGCCAGGGAAGAAAUCCUUGCUAACGGAGGGAGCCUGUCACAUCAUCAUGGAGUGGGGAAGUUACGGAAGCAGUGGCUGAAGGAGAGCAUUUCCGACGUUGGCUUUGGAGCGCUGAAAUCUCUCAAGCAAUACGUGGACCCCAACAACAUCUUUGGAAACCAGAAUCUUUUAUAAACUUCUUUUCCUGCCCGUAUUCAGACGACACACAAGCAAAUAUAUAUAUUCUUGGUUUUGAGACUCAUGGCGGUCCCAGUUUCCGAAUAUAGCAUGGACCCAAUUUCAAACUUGCUUUUUUCCAUCUUUAGUUUCUUUGGUCAAAUAGAUUAAUUGGUUAGUCACGAAAGGAACUUUCCAAGCUCCUUCUAGAUGUUUCAAACACAACCAAAUGUACUAAGGAUCAGUUGAUCAGAGAAUGCAACUUUUGACGAACUUGUUUGGACUGCUUUCUUCUAGAGUGUGUUUAUUGUAAGAAUAUCUAUGCCUGACUCUUGAUGUUUCUGUUGUAGGAAGCCUCUCUUUAUCAAAAUUACACUCCUGGGACACAGCUGAAGGCAGAGCUUUAUUAGGACUGUCCAGUGAAAGGUCAAGCUAAUGGAUAAGGAACUUUGUUUAUUUUUAUAAAACCAAAUCCAUCAUGUGCUUGGGAGUUCUUUGCCCCACCCUCCCAACUUGAGGUGCUUCCAGCCAGGAGGUAUGAAUUGCAUUUGUUCUACUUAUCUGGAACAAAAUUUAUUGACCCGGAAGAACAAACAGUUCUUUUUGGCAUACUGGGAGGAAACAAAAUCCUCACCUUGUAAAAUGAGUUGGACCUUUGUAGUUUUGUCUUGCUAAAAUUAGCUUCUUUUAGAAGGCACUCAUUCUUGGAAAAUGCCAGUCAGUUUCAGUCAUACCACCAUUUCAGCCCUUCCAAGUCAGAAACAACUUGGGUUGGAUAAGCCUCUUUAUUUUAAUUAUUAGCGAUAAACGUAUUAAGUUCUUCCAUAUAAAUAGGAUGUUGAGCUAAAAAGAGUAUUAGUGAGCAUUAAAAUGAAACCUACAUUAAAACAUACGUCUAAUCUCGAUCAUUAAUAUUCACAAUGGGGGUAUUAGAACAAAUUGGCUUUCUUUUAUGAUUUUAAAUGACGAUGUAGAAUGUCUGCUUCAUUUUGUCUGUCUCUUGUCUAGAUCAUACCCUUUUUUUUUUUCAAAGUUAAAGCACUUCUGGGUCCAACUGAUUUCAGUUCUGUAAUUUGCCCAUAGUAAAUAAUGGCUACCAACAGUACGGGGAGACAGACAUUCUAUAUCUGAAGUACUCUUAAACAGGAAUAUCUAAAUGUUACUUGAAUUGCAAACUUUAAUUCACAGGUUAAAAUUUGCCAGCUACAAUUGGAAGUUUUAAUGUGUGAGUUGUACUACACUAACCUGGCCACAAAACCAUUUGGGUGGGAUGCGAACUAUUUCCACUCAUGGGAAUGAGGGGUAACAUUUGCGCAUUCUCCUGUCUUCUGAAGACAGAGCCCUGUGAAUUCCCUGACCCAAGUGAGGCGCAGCAGGCAGAAGGAGAAAGCAGGAAAGUCACUGCCUUUCCAUUGUCCUGUGGAUCCAGUCCUUUUGUUUUCACUUACUCAGUUUUUUUUUAUUGUGGAGAAGCUCUAAUGGAACAUAUAGCCAAAAUCUUAAGAUAAUAGCUUUUUUAAUACCCUAAAAAGCACCUUUGAAGUGGACAUGCACCACAUCCUGUCACAGUUGCUCAUUCUCUCCUUGAAUUUGAAAUCACAGGUGCAUUCCAGAGAUUAAAUCUCUUCCUAAUCCAUAAGAAAAAAGUGUUUGUUCCAAGGAAUUUUUGCUGACGACUUGAGUGGACAUACAUAUUUUUUCCAUUGGAGUUUGUCUGGUUUUUCAUUCAGACACCAGGGAUAUUUAGCUCUCGUUUUGAUAGAAAUUGAGAGUGUUCGUGUUUCCUCUGGAGCACCAAAUUCUAGUAGCAAAAUGUGUGUGGGGGGAGGUGGCCUGUUCUUUUCAUAGAAUGAAAGCCAAAAAUUAACUUCCUAAUUUUUACUCGUUCUGACCAAGGUUGUGUUUUUCCCAAAACGUGCAAGUGCAUUUAUGGUGCUUAAUUGAUUUAUCUUACUGAUGGAGGUUUCCUCACAAUGUUUCCUAAUCUUUUGGUGUUUUUAUUGGAAAUCGCACAGUAGUUUUGGGAGGGAGGGGGCUGUAUUUUCAUAAAUCUAUAAAUUGCUAGAGAACGAGGAGCGUUCAGAUCAUGAAGUGUAAACUUGUGUGUUAGUACUGUCAUUUCUAACAAGUAAGUGUGGGGCUUGCAGAAGUGGACUGGCGUGAAGGAUAAGACACAAUGCAGAUUACUGUGAACAAAUUGUAAAUUGCUUUACCUUUUUUUGUGUCUAUUUUGCUAAACCUUUUUUUGGUUCCUUCCUUGGAAACCAUUUAACUGUUCAGAGCAAAGCACCUGUAAAGCAUACCCGAGUUGAGUGCUAGCUCAAAAAGUGAAAUGUUCAUUAAAAAAUUCAAAUUUC